GCGCAAGUUUCUGCCAACAGUCAAACAUUACUCCCUUUCAAAAGCCAGGACACAGUGUGUGUCUAGGAAUGUGUCGAAGUCGCUGUGUUUGCAGCUUGCCAACCCGAGCGGAUGGUCAGAGCUUUUAAGACCUCUGCCAUUUUCCGCGCCAGCUCCGAGUCCUGAACUUUACUCCCACCACUUGAACUACCGGACUGAUCCAAUGCCGGCAUCGACAUGACCGAUCGUAAGGGCGCGUACGGCGCAGCCUCAAACAACGAUGCGUCGUUUCGACGUACUUGGGAUCGCGAGGAAUAUGCAGCCAAAGCGGCUGAACGCGAAAAGAAAAUAAAAGAGGAGGGCAAAGCCAGGUACGAAGCAGCCGUCGCCGGCAAGAAAUACGUCCGCCGCGCUUCCACGCCCCCUGAUGCUCACGACACCGAGGCUCGCAAGGCGAGACUGAAUGUUGCGGAACAAAUUGGUAAAACGACAAUCGUUCCCGCUGGCGCGUCCCAGGGAAAGCGGGGGAAAGGCGCUGGUUUCUACUGUGAUGCUUGCGAUCUUACAUACAAAGACAAUCUGCAAUUUGUGGAUCACUUGAAUAGUAGGCAGCAUUUGAUCGCUACGGGAGAGACUGGCCAAGUCAAAACUGCCACCUUGGAAGAGGUCAAGGAGCGUUUCGAGUACCUGAAGCGCAAGCGCGACGAGGAGAUGGCCCGAGAUACCGUGGACCUGUCAACGAGGAUCGCCAUUGCAACAGAGCAAGAUGAGAAGUUGCGCGAGGAACGCAGGCAACGGCGCAGUGAGAAACGACGCAAGAACAAAGUUGGUCCAGACGUGCAAGAUGUGAAGGUGGAAGGCUGAAAGGACUAUCUGCCGAAGGCCGGACUUGUCCUUGACUUUCAAUUCCUGACCUCUAAACAGUUGACACUUAUUGCAGCCCGGACGGACAUAUGGCUAGUUUGCGCAAGCGACUUGACUCAUUUAUGCCACAACAUCAAUAUCUGAGCUGGAUUUGGGCAAUGUCUGGAAGCCCGACGCCAUGCCACUGACAAGACAUGCGCGGAAUGAAUUUAGCAAUAUUUUCGGGCUAGCCCAUUGUGCGAGUUUAGGCAGCAAACGCCGUGAUGAUCCCUGUUUCCCUCUCGAAAGAAGAAUUUGAAGAACUCCGUGCGGAACUCUUUUCUGACAUGGGUGCAGGUUUGAGCGGCUGCAUAUAGCUCAGAGCGACUCUACACGAAGUCGCUGACUAGACAUCCAAUACGACAAAAUCG